AUGGCGCCCCCUCCACGCCUGCGCAUCCUGUCCGUGGGUGGCAAUGCGAUCUCGGCCUUUCUAUCCUGGCGCCUCCAGGCCACAACCUCCUGCGAUGUAACCCUCGUCUGGAAAUCCGGCUUCGAAGCCGUCGCCCAAUAUGGGGUCUCUUUCAAAUCAAAAGCAUUCGGAAAUGAGCGAUUCAAGCCCCGUCAUGUGGUCCGCACACCCGAAGAAGCCUCGUCACGCGAAAAUGCCUACGACUAUGUGAUUCUCUGCGUCAAAGCUUUGCCCGACGUCUAUGACCUGGCCUCCGUGAUCGAAUCCGUCGUCACCCCCCAACACACUUGCAUCCUCGUGAACACCACCAAUACCAUCGGCAUCGAAGCCCAUCUGGAGCAGCGAUAUCCGACCAACGUUGUCCUGUCUCUUAUCUCCAACGUCGAGAUUUCUCAGACCGGCCCGAGCGAAUUUGAGCACUUGAGUGCGAGCGAGAUCCACGUGGGCGCGACCAACAAGCAGUCCGCCAUUCCGACCUCUAUCCAGAACGACAUGGCUGCGGCGUUGGCCAUGACCCUGAACUCAGGACAAGUCGACUGCACAGUUUCUCAGAACAUUCGUCAAGAGCAGUUUGAACGGAUGAUUGGCCCGAUCGCAUUCCACCCCGCAAGCGUCGUCUUCGAUACCUCUCACCCAACCCAGCUUCUGGAAAAGCCCGGAGUGCGGCAAUUGGUGACUGGUAUUAUCGACGAACUUUUGGAGUUGGCGACCGUCCAGGGUUGCGAAUUUCCUGGCGACUUCCGAGAAAAGACAAUCGAGAAGAUGACCGCCGUUGAUGCCCCCAGUGUUAUGUUCCAGGAUUUCCAGGCUCGACGCCCGAUCGAAAUUGAGACUUUCCUCGGCUCCCCCAUCAAAUUGGCCGUUGAAUCGAACGUUGCCGUACCCCGAAUCCAAGCGUUGUAUGCGAUGCUCCAUCAUCUGAAUAUUGUCAACCAAACCAAACCCCGACCAGGCGAUUCCCCUCCUGCGUCCAUCAUGGGACACCCGCCGCCUCGAUUGUCCUCCGCUCCGCCGCCCUCGCGACCGCCCAUGAAUGGCGCGAUGCGAUCGAGCCGGACGAAUUCAAGUAUGGGCAUGCCUCCCGGUCAGCGACGAGGCCCGCCUCCUGGCAUGAUGCCGCGAGGACCCGGUGGACCGAUGCCGAUGCCCCCUCCAGGAAAUCGGGUGCCCCGCGAUCCCUCACUAGAGGGACUGGAGGAAUUCAGCCAUUUGGUGGUCUACGAUGAAAGUGAAGGAGGUCCUCCACCCCACGUGAACGGCAACGGACAUUUCGAAGCUGGCUCGGGCGGCCCUCCCCCUGAUAUCGCCUUAAGGGAACGUGAACUGGCCCUCCGUCAGCGAGAGUUGCAAAUUCGGGAACAAGAAAUGGGCAUGGGCAUGCGGCGAGGACCUGGCCGUCGUGGACCCCCACCUCGACAGGCUGCGUUUGAUGAGGAAGAUGAGGACUAUUUUGACCCGAUGGACAACAUGGCGAUCCCUCAUAUCGAUCCGGAUCAAGUGGACAUGAUGAGCAUCACCUCGCGCCGAGCCCGCAAGGCUCCGAGCCAGAGUCAAAUCCGCCGGAACCCAGAACAAAUGGGUGGCGGUCCCAUGCCACAAAGUCGCCCUUCAUCUUCGGCUUUUGGCCGAUACUUUGGCCGCAAACGUGCGACCGACCGAGUGAUGCAGGAAAUUCCUGGUCUUCAUGAUUCCCUUAUGGAUAACCCCAUGAUGAGCUACUCGUCGAACAGAUAUGGGGCCGUCGAUCGGAAUCAGAUGCAUGUCGAUUCCCGAGCCAAUUCGUUAACCGCAAGCCACAUGGGUGAUUUCCCGCCGCGACCGUAUCCUCAAAGCCGACGUAACAGCCAGUCGCCAGCUGCGCCAUUCCCGGGACCUCCUGGCCCCCCCGGGAUGUCGCGAAUGGGCCGGCCGAUGACCGCCCAGGAUCAAAGUCUCGGACCCCCUGGUGGACCCUCUCAUCAUAAUGGCCAUCCAUCACCGCCUGGAAACAUGCGGACACCGGUCCCCCGGCACCCGUCAGGACAAGGCAAUGGACCACAGCAGAUUGAGCAACACUAUGGGGUGAGCAACCCGUACCCUCCCAAGGGCCCUCCCAAGAACAAAAGUCUGACUGGAAGUGCGAGCGCCAGCGCGGGGAGUGGUGACAGCGGGGCCAGUGCCAAUCUUGAUUCUGAAGCAUCAGCUCACAGCAGUCAGAUCAGUCUCGGUGACCAACAGCAGCACGUUGCCGCUCCGCCCGUCCGUUGA